AGAGAGGCGGGGUUCCGGCCGCGGGGAGUGCUGACUCUCUCUUCCGUUCUGCUGGCAGCUGCAGGAGCCGAGGUGGGCGAGCGCAGGAGGGGAGGGCAGGUGGUCUUGGCAGGCAAAACCGGGUUUGGGGGUCUGAUCGGAGGACAGCUUUGGAUGAGAAAAGGAGGAGAGGGGUUUUUAGUCGGGGAAAUGCAGGUUGGUUGGAGGAGGAGGAGGAGGGGGUCUAUUCUGCCAGGGAAAAAGGAGGGCGAUUGGAACUGGGUGCUGGGUGCAAGGAGGCUUGGCAGAGAAAGUUUCAUUCAUUCAUUCAUUCACAGCAGUUGUGUCCCAUUUUCUUUCCUCCAAGAAGCUCGAGGUGGUGCACGUGGGUCCCCGUCCCCCCGUUUUAUCCCCACAACAACCCUUUGAGGUUGGUUAGGCUGAGAGGACAGUGAGGUUUCCCCCCCCCCCCGCCAAGCAGUUUCAUGGCCAAGUGGAGGUUUUGAACCCUGGUCUCCUAAAUCCUAGUCCAUAUUUAAUCCCCACCACAACCGUGUUGUGUUAUGUCGGUUAGGCUGAGAGGCAGGGACUAAGCUCAGGGUCAUCCCCUUAGUGAGCUUCCUGGCCGGGUGGGGAUUCGAACCCUGGUCUCUCUCGGGUCGAACACUCUGCUACACAAUAUUGUCUCUUUUCAUGGAGUGAGAUUCUGGAGAGCGGCUGGCAGUCAGAAUGAUCACUUGGCGAGAUGAACUACUGCUGUUACUACUACUGUUAAUUGCGUUUUUAUCCCACCUUUUGCUCUGUGGUGUUCAAGGUGGCGCACACCGUUGUCUCUCUCCUAAUUUAAUCCCCACAACAACCCUAGGCUGAGAGGGAUGUUGACUGGCCCAAGGUCACCCACUGAACUUCAUGAUGGCCAAGUGGGUAUUUGAACCUUGGUCUGUCCCAGAUCCUACUAUACUGAUGCUCUAACCACUACAUCACACCGGCUCUUGGUGGAAUCUUAUUAUGGGGCAAUUUCUGAGCAAUUGGGGAAGGGUCCUGACAGAAGAAAAAGAGGACGGGAUCACAGUAGAGAAAAAAUUGCCAUUCAGUUGAGGGGAUCAGAACUAUAGGAUAAACCUUUAGUGGUGUUGGAUCACAGGAAGCAGCAUUGUAUGGACUAAGUUAAUAAAUAAAAUUCACUUUGCCCAGCAUUCCCUUCUCUAGCUCAGCAGUUCCCAAACUUUUUCCUCCACAGGCCACAUGAAAAUUGCUGAGGGUCUUGGCAAACUACGUAAAUCGGUUUUCUGCCUGUUGUAGCAAUUGUAAUCCACUGUGCCAAGAUUUUGUAUGGUCCUUAAUUGUAUUUUUACUGAUUUAUUUUAAGUCACCUGUUUCACUUUGGAGGCCAUAUUUCAUUCAUGUUUGAGCAUGGAUGCUCAAAGAUCAUUUAUCAUGGAUUAGGGUUAUACACUCUUUAGCCAUCCCAAAACCAUAUUCGUUUAGAGGCAAAGUAGGGGUUCUAAUCUAUGUUUAGUAAGAUGGCAGUGUUUUAAUUGGUGAAUCAGUUAGGCUAACCGAUUAAAACAAAAUUUCAAUUUGAUUAAUUUGGCAGCAGGUUUUUAAAAAUAAACACACAUUUAAUUGCUGUGCUGAUACUGUUUCCCUUCCUCACACUUUAAACAGAUUCACCAUUCUGUACUUCACUUUUUCUCUACCAAAUAAUACUCUUCUUCAGGUGCAACUACAAAUCCAUCCUCUUCUCCAUUCCAGAUGAAGCUGUUGAUUCUUGCCGUGCUGGUUGCCACCUCCUCAGUCUACUGUGAGGAAGGGGCCAGGCUCUUGGCCUCCAAGUCCCUGUUGAACAGAUAUGCCGUCGAGGGCCGGGAUCUCACUUUGCAGUACAACAUCUACAAUGUUGGCUCUAGGUAAAUCCCUCUUAGGAAAGGCUGAUGGUAUCUUAAUGCUCUUUCCAUGGAGAUGCAUUUGAAAAGUUUUUAGAAGCUGCAGCUGGUGCAGAAUGCUGUGACCAGCCUGCAGACUGGAGCGGGUUGCAGGAAGCAUGUUAUUCUCUUGUCACUGACUACUGGUCUCUUUCCGGGCAAAAUUCAAAGUGUUGGUUAUAACGUAUAAAGCCCUCUAGGGCUUCGGCCCAGGCCACCUGAAAGAGUCUAUCUGCCUAUAUGAACCUUGGGAGUGCACCUUCAACAUCAGGUGAAUGGCUGGUGGUGACCCAAGAGAGAGGCUUCUGUGUGGCUGCUCCCAGAUUGUGUAAUUCCAUCUCAAGAAAGGUUAGACUGGUUUCCUUUUUGUUAUCCUUUGGCCGGCAGGCUACAACCUUCCUGUUCAGUCAGACCUUUGGAAACUAAGGCACAGACAAUGCUGACCACUGGGCUGCUAUCAGGGCAAACUGUACUUUUAAUUGCUGGUUCUAAGUGUGUUUUGUUGUAUUUUUAAUUAUUGAUUUUAGUUUGUCUUUAUUACAUUGUAUUUUAUAAUGUUUUUUAAAUGUUGGAAGCUGUCUUGAAUUCCAAUUUGGAAGAAAAAUUGAGUACAAAUUCAUUAAAUCAUCAGUAUUUCUUUACCAUCAUAUAACUUUUUUUUAAAAAAGUUACUUUCAUUUUUUAAAAAAAUACUGGUAAUCAUUAAGGUUACUUGUCUAAUCAAAAAUUAAGCCACUGUCAGCUGCAUAUUGAUGGCACCCUACCCCUUAUCUCCAGGUGCCUCCUGCCAUUGGUCCAUGAUGUAGGUGUUAAAGAAUAGCAUUUGGGAAUAAGAUGGAUUGCUAUGGCACCUACACACCAGACUUCAGGGACCUACCCUCUGGGGAGGACAGGACACCAUGGUCAAUGGCAGCUAAGAAAUCCUGGAGAAUCCAUAAGAUUUCACUCACCCUUUCUAUCUCACAAUACAAAUCAUCUGCCAGGGUGAUCAAGGUAGUUUUAGUUCCAAACUCAAGUUGGAAGCCAGAUUGGAAGGGAUCUAGGUAAGGGUCCCACACACCCUGCCUUCAAAUGGUGUCUUGUUCCUAAUACUGUUAUCCCAAUCCUUUUAUCUGCUGGCGUAAAGCGCUGCCUUAGAGGUGGAGUUGUCGGACGACUCGUUUCCUCCUGAAGACUUCGGCAUUGUUUCUGGGAUGCUCAAUGUCAAGUGGGACAGGAUCGCACCGUAUCCUUUUUUUUGCACAGAGUGUGACAGGUGUGUGUGUGUGUAGGGGUGACAGUGGCUCUUUUUAGAUUCUUUAGAGUCGUAAGAACAGUAGAGCAGCCUGCUGGAUCAGACCAAUGACCCAUUAAUCAAACUCAAUAGUUUUAAUUGGAUUUGGAAUAAAUGUGCAGUUAAAUGUUACUGUGUUGAGUUUUGUUGUGUUAUUACCUUUCUUACUGGGUUGUGCAAACCGCUAUUCUGAAUGCAGGUAACUCACAACUUAAAUCAGCUUUAACUUGUGUGCAUUCAGCUUUAUGCAUUUGACAAAAAUAAAAAGGGGGCAGGCAUCUGGGGUGGGGGGGACGACUUUGUCAUUUCCACCCACCAUUGCACUCAGGUGUUUGGGCUAGAUGGAACUUUGACUUUCUUGUGUUAUCACUGGAACGCAACCGCUGCAUAAUUUGAGUCACCUAUAAUGCUUUUUCUAGGAUAGAGUAGGGACAUUGGGAAGAAGUUUAUGGAACUAUUGGGGCAGGGCCCCCAAAAACGUUUGGGUUUAGAUCUUAAGCCUCAACAAGCCCUCGGGAUUGUCCCUUAUUUAUCUUGAAGCACUGAGCAAGUAUUCAGUGUUACACGCACGAGCAGUAAGACCCAAUCCACCCCCUGGUCUCUUCUCCCGAAAACCCCCUCUCUUUCCUUUCUGCUCCCGCGACACAGUCUGCUUCCUUAGCCACUGUCGCUCAGCGCCAGCAACGUGUCCCACACGGUGGUCCUGAGACCCCUGAAAGCCGGCUACUUCAACUUCACCUCUGCCACCAUCACUUACCUGGCACAGGAGGGGGCCCAGGUGGUGGUAAGUAGCAAGCGCCUUGGGUGGAGCCUGGGAUCUGCGGGGGCCCACAGGCUUUGGCUCAGCUCACAAACAAAGGCAUUCUUUGUAGUUACCACUGACCCCUCCCUUUCUUGAGUCCUAUGACUUGUGCAGGGAAAUUUGGGGAGGCUGUGUGUGAUGGGAAUUGUAGUCCAAAAGCAGCUAGAGACCCAAGUCUGGGAAACCCUGGGUUAGAGUUUUGUGGUGGUUGUUUAACAAGGAGACCUUGCAUGACCGCAAGCACCAUGGCCCUUCAGGGGAAAAGGUGGGGUUAAAUAAAUAUAUAAUAAGAAUAAUAACAAACACAAACCCCCUCAAUUUUCUUUCUUUUCAGGUGGGCUUCACCAGCGCUCCAGGGCAAGGGGGGAUCCUCGCCCAGCGAGAAUUUGACCGGAGGUUUUCGCCACACUUUGUAAGUAAAUAAAGCAGUGCUGUCAACCUGCUCCAAUACAGCAUUGGGGGCAUUAAAAACAUAAGAGCCUGAUGGAUCAACCCAAUGGCUCAUUUAGUCCACAUCCUGAUCUCACAGUGGCCAACCAGGUGCCCAAGUGGGAAACUUGUAAGCAGGACCGGAGAACAAGGGCACUUCCCCCACCUGUGGCUUCCAGCAGCUUCCAUUCAGAAGCAUUGCUGCCUCUGACUGUGGUGGCAGAGCAUAGCCAUUAUGGCUAGCAGCCAUUAAGAACAGGUAGGUAGCCGUGUUGGUCUGCCGUAGUCGAAACAAUAUUUAAAAAAUCCUUCCAGUAGCACCUUAGAGACCAACUAAGUUUGUUAUUGGUAUGAGCUUUCAUGUGCAUGCACACUUCUUCAGAAGUAUACACUUCUGGGUUUCACCGCAUGCACAGAAGCGCUCAAUAUCAAUCACAUUGUGCGCAUGUGCAGAAAGGCACCUCCAGUUACGAAGUUUUCGGGAUGCUGCCGGGCCUCCGGAACGGAUCCUGUUCGUAACCGGAGGUACCACUGUAUUAUGUAUGUUUGUUAUAUUAUCACUAUGCUUGUGUUUUGGAACACUAUAAUAUAAUCAUCACAGUCACGGCUUUUGACUAGCACAGUAGUUCCCAGACUUUUUCAGGCCACCAUCCCCUUGGUUCCAUAAACUAAUCCCCAGUGUCCACCACUCUACUCUAUAAAAAGCAUUAUUCAGAAUAGUGGUGUGCACAAUCCACUAAGGAAGAUGUGUGACUAACAGCUAGUUGUUGCACAUCUGUUCAAAAUCUAGUUUAAACUAUUUAGUUUAAUGACCUCAACAGAGUUGAUGAACUUGAUCAUGUGAUGCCAGCAUUUCAAAGUCUAUAGCCAUUUACACCUCCAGCUGCUCUCCUUACCUCUGUAAUCCCACUGCUUCCCAGGGGGUGCUGCCUCCCCCCACCCUUUGGAAACCACUGGACUAGCACAAUGAACUUGUUGAAUUGAAACGACUAAUUAUUUCCCUUUCACCUCCUUUUCUUUUAUAAAGCUGGAUUGGGCAGCCUUUGGGGUCAUGACGCUCCCCUCCAUCGGCAUCCCUCUGCUCCUCUGGUACUCGAGCAAAAGGAAGUACGACACCCCCAAGAGCAAGAAGAACUGAGCUGCGCCAGGUGGAUUGUGUUCCCCUCUGCGGUUCUAGGGGUACUCGGGAGCGACAGCAGAGCAGCCAGCGUUUCCAAACAAAUUGGGGUGUUGCUCUUCAAGAAACAGCUGCCGUAAAAAGAAAAACCAACCCAUCAGUGAAUUAAAACAGGCCCCACAUUUUCUGCCAGCCCUCCUAGCCCUUCUAAUGAGGGAUCCGUCCAGCCUCAGUGACGGAGGUGCCACCCCUCUUCCUUCUCCGCGUCAAAUCUGCUCUUCUUGGCCACAGGAGGGCACUGGAAGGAAGGGGAAAUAUCAGAGCCCUAAGCGUGAAGAAUUAGAUAAUCUGUCAGAGAAAUCUGUUGUGCCUCAGAAUGGUGUGUGUGUGUGUUUUUUUAUCAUGAAAAAUAAAACACAAACUUUGAAUCUGCU